CAGGAAAAGCAAUCGAGCGCGGUUCAGUCGAGCAGCCUCUUUAGCAAACUACGGAUAGGAAGAUGGCAUCUACCGACCAACCUGAUCCACCAACACAGUCCGGCCUUCCACCUGGAGAAGAUGGAGCAGCUCGCCCCAGAGAAGCAUUGAUUACCACAGCUAUAAAAUUUCUACAGAACCCAAAAGUACGUCAGAGUCCGUUGGCCACCAGAAAAGCCUUCUUGAAGAAAAAAGGACUGACAGAUGAAGAGGUAGAGUUGGCCAUCCAGCGCUCUGGCAGCACAGAAGAAGUCUUGCCUCUGAGCCCUGUGGGGCCCCCACAUCCACUCCAUGCCGCUCAGCUAGCUCCUGCACCGCUCAGUCCAGCAGGAUACAGAUGGAGGGACUACGGCGCCCUCACCAUCAUCAUGGUGGGCAUCGCGUUCGGCUGCCAUCAGCUUUACAAGAAAUACAUCCUUCCCCUCAUUAUGAGAAGCCGAGAGGACAAGAAGCAUCUGCAGAGGAUGGAAAGCAACAUUGCGGCAAUGAGUGGCACGCUGACACAGACAGUCACCCAGCUGCAGCAGACCCUGGCUUCUGUUCAGGAGCUUCUGAUCCAGCAGCAGCAGAAAAUCCAGGAGCUCACUCAGGAACUGAGUACAGCAGAGGCAUCGUCCUCGACCAACCGCAUCCUGGACAACCAAACAGUCGCCGAGCUGAAGGCUGAGAUCGCCUCUUUGAAGGGCUUACUGCUCAGCAGGAAACAAUUCCCUUCAACUCCUAUUCCUAAGAUCCCCUCGUGGCAGAUUCCCCUGAAGCCGCCCUCAGCGUCCGGCUCGCCGUCCGGAAACCACACCAACAGCAGCAGCGACAUCUCCCCCGUCAGUAACGAAUCCACCAACUCUUCCCCCGUCAAAGAUGGACACCACAGCCCCCAGGAUGCAAUGGGAGGGCCUGAUGGAGCCCAUGGGAUCAACGGGGACGCCGUGGGCCUGGGCGCAACGCUGCCGCUGGAUCAGGUCCGCAUGGAGGUGCAAGGAGAGGAGGAGAAAAAGGAGGAAGAGGAGGAUGUUGUAAGCCAUGUAGAGGAAGAGGAGGAAGAGGAGGAGGAGGAGGAGGGUCUGAGCAUGCAGACAGAGGAUCGGCGAGGUGGGGAUGGACAGAUUAACGAACAGGUGGACAAACUGAGGCGGCCCGAGGGUGCCAGCAACGAGAGCGAGGUUGAUUAGACGACAGCGGAAAGCACAAAAACACUCUGUGAAACACCACAUCUCGUCUCUGCCGACGCCUCUGCUCCGCUCUGCUCACACACAUUCUGCUUGUUUUUUUUGUUUGUUUUGUUUUCUUUACUCUUAAUCUGUGCUCACUCUCUGUUUCCGCCCGUUUCUGUCACAUCAUAGUGUCGAGCAGAGUGAGGAGAAGGCGUGGGCGUCAGAAGAUGCUAAACUGACAAAUAUUGGAGUGUUUAGUGACACACGGCUCACCACAGUUCACUUUUGAUCCUGCAAACUAAAUGACUGCAUGCCGAGCCAAGUGUCGUUAGGGCUCUUUGAAAGGAGAAAUGAGGAGCAGUAGUCAAAUCAGAGCGACUUUACAAGCCUGUGUGCAGUACUAACCGUGUGUGACUUACUGCUUUAAUUUUCAUGAUUUGAUCAGAUAAUUCACAGCCUUGCCUUGGUGUCCUUGUAAUUGUACUAAAGGCCCUUCUUCAGACCAAAGAGGCAGCGCUGCACAGAAUAUCUCUGCUGCAGUAGUGCGGCUGUGGGUCAGGAAUCAUAUGUUGGUACUUCAGUCUCAAAGUUACCGUGAGCUUCCAGUGGAGCAUUAGCAGAGUUUGUCUCCCUGUUGAUGGCAAUAGGAGAGGACAAGCUCUUCCAGGGCCGGAGCUUUUAGCCUCUUUAUGUGUCCUUUCGCAUUGGUGUCAGUCUGUCAAUAAUUCACAAGGCCAGCAGGGUGGCAUUUGGGUGAAAUAAAGCCCUGAAAUUUGAGAUUAGAAUGUGAUGACGGGCUUUGUUCCAUGCCGGUGUCAGAGUGCUCAUACGCUCAAAGGAGGGGAAGAUGAAUGUUUUUUCCCCGCUUUCCUUUAUCACUGAGGGCUGAAUUGUGCGUCUUUGCGAGUGUGUUUGUGCGUGGCAGGCGAGAAAACCCAGACUGCUGUCUGCUGAGCUGUAUCUGUGUCUCCAGCAGGGCAGCUGAUUUGGUUUGUGAAGUAUGUUAAUAAUCAAAUGAUCAACAAAUAACAGAUGUAUUAGUUCAUGCAGCUUGAAAUGUCAAGGAGGCUAAAAGCGGAAAUCUAAUACAGAAAGCCCAGUUGCAUUGUGUUAUUUUCUGUGACAAACCCUCCGGUCCAAAUUACGUAGAGCCUCCUACAGUGAGUAAUCUUUACAGAAAACGGCGCCAAUAUUUUGUAAUUAAGCUGCAGUAAGACGACGAGCGCUGCCACAGAUGGAAGUUGCAGAACUCGUAUCACUUUUGUUUUUUUUUCUCUCAGUGUGGAGGUGGAUAGGGGAAGUUAAAAAAAAAAUGCCCCAUGAUUGAAAAGGAAAGUAAUAAAUGAAUACUUGACUUAUUGAAUUACUCACUCUGUCUCGAGCUAACAAGAACAGUCCAUGAGUGAGAAGAAGGGAUAUCAGCUCUUGUGCCAUUUCCAUCUUCGUCACAUGACCUUCGUGGAAACACAGAAAAGGUAGAGGGACACUGAGCCUGACCCGCACAUCUGUUGAGUUAUUAAGUACGUCCGAAUGAUGACACACCAUGGCAGUAUGCUGUAAGUAUAUUUUUGGAUGUUGUAGAAAUGAAUUUUUUGUGGAUGAAAUGAGUUUUGUUAAAUAAUUCCAGAGUUACCAUGCUUUGCAAACACUGUAGUCUCAAUAAUUGGUCCAACUUGCUGAACACUGUCUGAAAUUCAGCCAUAACUAUAAUAAAUUUGGUUAACUCCAGAAGAAUCUCUGUUAGUUUUAUUUAAACCAGCUAGACACAAUAUACACGUGAAUGUAUCUACUGUACCAUUAAAGGAUGAUCCUGGUAUUACUGGGAUUUUCAUGUUUAUAUUAUAAAACUGUUAUUAAAUUCAAAUCGCACAGAA